UCACUUUGACGUAAGGCGUGUUACAUCAUCGUGUUCCCGUACACGCUGUCAGUCACGCACACACAGCAGUUCAACCGGCAGAGAAGAGCUUCAGUCCAGUGUGCAGCAGAAACUACACAAAUAGCCAAGAUGACCGCCGUCGAGUAUGAAGACAAUGAGUCCAAGUUCAUGAGAAAAGCCAAAGAGAACCCGUUUGUCCCUGCAGGCAUGCUGGGGUUCUUCGCCAUCGUGGCGUACAGGCUGAUGAAGAUGAAGAGCCGAGGAGAGACGAAGAUGUCGGUGCACCUGAUCCACAUGCGUGUGGCAGCGCAGGGCUUCGUGGUGGGAGCCAUGACUCUGGGAGUGGUCUACUCCAUGUACAAGGAGUACGUCCUCCAGCCGGCUGAAGCACAGAAAGCCCUGGAGCAGAAGGCGCAGGAGAAGUGAAGAGGAGCGCGCUCGAUAUCCCUAAUACCGCCCCGUAUUACGGUGUCGCUUGUAUUUAUUGCACACAUCAUUUAGGACUUUUAAAAAAAAGAAUAAUUACAGUUUCCUAUUUAAACAUUUGAUAAACCUCUGUAAAGAGGUUGGUGUGUCCAUUUUGUUGCCUGGCUUGUUUGAGAAACGUUGUAGGGGGGAAUAGUGGGUAUUUUUGUAUCUGCCAACUACUAUUUAUG